CCCGUGUGGCACCGCCCCCUACCCAAUGGCAUGGGUCAAACUCUUCAAGAGGCCGGGGGGCGGGCUGGGGAAGACCUACCAGCCGGGGAGCAUGAUGUCACUGGCUCUCACCAAGGGCUUGCUGAACGAGCCCGGCCAAAACAGCUGCUUCCUCAACAGCGCCGUGCAGGUGCUCUGGCAGCUGGACAUCUUCCGCCGGAGCCUGAGGCAGCUUCCUGGUCACUUCUGCCUGGGGGACGCCUGCAUCUUCUGCGCGCUGAAGAGCAUCUUCACGCAGUUCCAGCACAGCCGGGAGAGGGCGCUGCCGUCCGACAACCUGCGCCACGCCCUCGCCGAGACCUUCAAGGACGAGCAGCGCUUCCAGCUGGGCCUCAUGGACGACGCGGCCGAGUGCUUUGAGAACAUCCUGGAGCGCAUUCACCUCCAUGUGGUGUCGAACGCAGAGGCGGAAGUCUGCACCUCCCGGUCCUGCAUCACCCACCAGAAGUUCGCCGUGGCGCUGUACGAGCAGUGUGUGUGCCGCAGCUGUGGAGCUUCCUCUGACCCCCUGCCUUUCACACAGUUAGUGCAUUAUGUCUCCACCACCGCCCUCUGCCAACAGGCCGACCGUGUGCUGGAGAAGAGCGAGAGGCACAGGUCCGAAACCUUCGCGGAGCUGCUGCAGGCGGCGAGCACCAUCGGGGAUCUCCGAAACUGCCCGAGUAACUGCGGGGAGAGCAUCAAGAUUCGGCGGGUGCUGAUGAACUGCCCCGAGAUCCUGACCAUCGGCUUCGUGUGGGACGCCGAGCAGUCGGACCUGACCGAGGACGUGGUCCGCUCGCUGGCCCCUCACCUCAACCUGUCCGGGCUCUUCUACAGGGUCAUGGACGAGAAGGCCAAGCGCAGCGAGCUGAUCCUGGUGGGCAUGAUCUGCUUCUCCAGCCGCCAUUACUGCACGUUCGCCUACCACACCAAGUCCGCCAAGUGGGUCCUGUUCGACGACGCCACCGUCAAAGAGAUUGGGUCCAAGUGGAAGGAUGUGGCCUCCAAAUGCAUCCGGGGUCACUUUCAGCCCCUCCUCCUGUUCUACUCGAACCCUGACGGGAGUGCCGUCUCCACCGAGGACGCCCCCAGGCAGACCUCCCUGUGGCCCCACUACAAGUCCCCGAUCAACGGGGAGACCGCAGGCCCCGAAGUUCCGUCGUCCGGAUCAAAGAAGCCGGACGCGUCCAGGGAGAACGCGGGCGGUUCUGGCCCCGGCGGCUUCAAACCCAAACACCAAGCCCCCUCCAGCCAGGGCUUCGGCCGGUCGAGCGGACCGACCAGCGCGGGACGGGGCCCAGUGAAAGCUGGCCCCAGUGACCCUAAAGGCAAGCUGAGGGAGGGCUCCAAAGAGUGCGCCCCGAGGGUGGGGGAGGCCCGUACCCCUCACCUACCCAGGAAGGAGGCGGAGAGGGGGCAGCGGAGACAAGACUCCCGACACUCCCGAGACGCCGUUGCGGAGAAGACGCACGCCCGGUCCGCCUCGCCCCCCGAGCUCCGGCAGCACGCCGACGGGAGGGGGUACGGCAGUCCGGGGAAGGGGCAGAACUGGGCCGACAGGACGUCCCACCAGAGCCGCCCGUCCCACGAGUCCCGCCUCCCGACCAGCCCGCCGACGAGCCGCACGCGGAGGCAGGAGGCCCCGACGGGGGCGGGGGCGGGCGCGGGGGGGGACGCAGGGGGGCAGGACGCGCGGGAGAGGAGCCGCGGCAGGAGCAGGUCCUGGAAGCCCGUGCGGGAGGUGCUGAACGUGGACAGCGUGCUGAGCGAGCUGGAGCGCCGCCUGCGGUCCUCCGCCCAGGAGAGGGCGCCGCAGCGGGAGCGGGAGCGAGCCCGGGCCCGGGACGAGCGCAAGCAGAAGAGCCUCAUGACCAUCUACGAGGACGAGCAGCGGCUGGAGAGCGGGAGCCGCAGCUCCCUGGAGUCCGACACCCGGGACGGGCGGGGCAAGGCCGGGGGCGGGGCCGGGCUCAAGCUGCGCAGCGACAACUGGACCAUCCAGCGCACGGAGUCCGGGUACGAGAGCAGCGACAGGCUCAGCAAUGGGUCCACCAAUCCGGACUCGCCCGUGGUGGAGAACUUCGCCGCUAAGGAGCUGAGGCCCUCACCGGAGGCCCAGCAGCCGAGAAGCCCCCUCCGCCACGGCGGCCGGUGCGAGGACUCCAGGGGGGACCCCCCACGCCCCGCGUACUCCUACGCAGAUUACCAAGUUAAAAUUAAAGGCAAGGACGGCAGCACUCAAGAUGCCCAUUUCCUCAAAUCCAGCCCAAGUAUAAGGAGGCGGUUCAGGCACCCCCACGGGGGCUCCGACAGGAGGAACGGAGCGGACAGGGAGCCCCCGCCGCUGGUGAGUGACAGGGGCUGCCGAACUGGAAGCCCCACCCUGCGGCACCAGGGUAGCCCCGCCCUGCAGCACCAGGGAAAGACCAGCAGCUCGGAGUGGAACAGCUCGGACGACCUGGCGGGCCCUUUCUCUGAGCAGGAGGACAGCGCGUACCGCUCCAGCAACAGUGAAACCGCCCCGCUGGAGUCCCCCGCUCCCCCCGAGUCCCCCGCCCCGCACCGUCACCCCCAGAACGAGCCCCCGCCCCCGCCGCCGCCGCCGCCGCCGCUGCUCUGUCCCAGCCUGACCUCGCCCCUGCCGUCCGCCAAACACGCCCACAGGCACGCGGCGGAGAGCCGCUCGAGCUUCCGCCCGCGGCUCCUCCAGGAGCCGUCCCAAACCAGCCCCCGCCCCUCCCCCAAAUCCGCCCCGUCCCACGCCGCCCGCCCCUACGCCCUCCCGCACAGACGGUCGGACUGCUCGGCGGGACACCCCCUGUCGCCCGACCCCGGCGGCAGGGCCGGCCCCGCCCCCCACGGGAGGAGCGACUCGUCGGCCAGCGAAUCGAGCGACCGGUUCCCCAGCCCCAGGCCCAGCCCCGAGCCGCCGGGCCCCGGGGACGGAGUGGCACUCACCACCUACUUCACCGUCGACAACUGCAUGACCGACACCUACCGCCUCAAGUACCACCACCAGCGGGUGGCGCUGGAGCCCCGGGGCGGGGACCGGGGCGAUCCCGGCGACGCCAACCACGCCGCCCCCGCGGAGCCAGAGCACCUGAAACCCAGACCCGAAUCAGGCUAUUCAAGCAGUAAACCCACUGCAAAAUGGAAUCCAGUGACCCCAAAAGGUCUGGAUGAACAUGGAUUUUUGUGAUGCGCUGUGCAGUCCGGUGUAAUGCGUAAGAUUAAGCAUUUCGUUGGAUAACAGAAGUGGAUUUUCCUUUGAAAAGGAUCCAUCCUUCAGCUCAUUAAAAUGAGGGCAACUUGCAGAUGUAUUAACUACCUAGAGACUGAAGCAACUUCCAACUUCCAUUUCGGGUUGAGCCAACAGGGGGCAGGCUUUAUUUAUGGUUUUUGCACAGGAGUGAGCCAAAUAUAAAACAAAAAGCCAUUAUUUUAUUAUUUUUGUCUGGGAAAAUAUGUAAAGAAAUGACUAUGGGUCCUGGAGCUAACCUGUAAAAUAAGUGUAAAAAUGACCCUUUAAACUGCACUUUCUCUUUGAUUUUUUUAAAGCUAAUAAUUUAUAAAAUAUGAAGGUUUACUCACGCACAUUGUAGCAUUAACACACUCAUGGACAAACUUUUUUCCCGAUAAUAAAAGUGACAUUUUUGCAUACCAUAAAAAGUCAGGGAUUUUCUCCCACUCAAAGAUGAGUAAUGCAAUUUCUUUCAUACCCAGUAUUUAAUAGAUGUAGCAUGUAUUGAAUUCCUGAUAUGUUAUUGUAGACAAGUGGUUAUUUUUUUCUUUCAUUUUUGACUAUAAGCAAGACCUGUGUCAUGGGAAGAAUAUGUGUCUUUGAAGCAGCUAAAAAAAUGAUUUUUUCCUCAUCCACGUCACACUUUACUGUGUGUUAUACUGCAGAUGGGGGACAUGACAACGUUUGCCAUGCAGCAAAGACUACAUAAAGCCAGAAUACGUUUUUAAACAAGCAUGUUUUCUGACACUUGCAAACUUUCAGAAAGGAAUAGCUUCUCAGCCAGACAAUCAGGUUUGAAGACGACUGUCUUUUGAGCCGUUUGCCAUUCCUUUUGUUGCAGGACUGAGUUUUACCCAUCUGCACAGUGCAAAACAUUCAUCUUUUUCCAGUCCAGUCCAGUUCUUCCUUGCUUCUUUGCCUUUAAUGCAUGCUAAAUUUUCACUGUCUUUUGGUCUAUUUUCAGUUUAUGCAGCCGAGACCCACCUAACAGUUAAGUCAGCAGCACUUUGUUACCAAUCAGAAUCACCAACUGAGCAGGUAUUAUUGAUAACAUGUUAUGUUAUGCACACACUCAAGUGUAUUUGUUAUUUUGUAUGCACGCCCAACAGAAAUGGCUAAAAUGGUGCUGGAAUAGACCGGGGUGAUGAAGUUAUAUUACAGAAAAUACAUGUUGGCCAACAACUCCUUGGGGUUAAAAAAAACAGUUUUCUAAACCUCAAAUGCUGGCACAAUUUGGACAUCAAGUUCUACAUCAAAGUGGGGAUCAGGUGAAAGCACCUGGCAGGUGUGUACCACGGAGCAUGGAGCAACUCCUGCUAAAGACAAAACAAUGCAUAAAUUGCGGGUAGUCAAUUGGGAAAUCCAAAGUCUAAUAAAUUUUGUCUUCCAAUUUAACGAUAUGAAAUCAAUUCAAUCAAAAUCACGUGACAUCAAUUACGUGUUAAAUUCCAGAAAAGGAACCCCUAUCCAGUGAGAGAUUAAGUUUGCAUUGGCCAUUUCACAAACUCACGUCACUUUAAAUUAUUUUCUACCAUGGAGAAGAAAAAAAGGGGAGUUUGACUUGUUUUUUCCAUCACUGUUUUCAGUUGCAUGGGUACUGUUGUAUUUGUACGCUCAGCAGGUACUGCUGUGGUGCCUUUCGUGUAAAAUACAUGUCAUGAUUUGUCUGCUGGGAAAAAUAUUUAAAAAAAUACAUAUGUAUAUAUUUUGGAGAUACUUUUAUAAAUUUAUUUUGUUUAAUAAACUUCAUUAUUCAAACACCAAUUGGA